AUGAAUCCGAAUUACUAUACACACUUGUUAUCUUCUUAUGAUCCCGAAAGUCCAAACAAUCAUCCACAACAUCCAUACCCAAAUCCAAACAAUCAUCUACAAUAUCCAUAUCCAAGUCCAAACAAUUAUCCACAAUAUCCAUACCCAAAUCCAAAUAAUCAUUCACAACAUUCAUACCAAAAUGCAUACCCAGAUUCUGCCAGCCCGGAUCCUCCCCAUAUUCCAGAAAAUGAGCCAACACCAACAGAAACUCCUACCAACAAACGACAAAAAAAUAAAAAAACCUACUGGAGCAAAGAAGAAGAAAUGUUGUUGACAAAAUCUUGGCUACAAAUUUCAGAAGAUAGCAUUACUGGAAGUCAACAACGUGAUAAAGAGUUCUGGCGACGAAUUAGUGCGUACUAUGAAAAAAGCAACACGUCGAACGUUGCAAGAACUCAAGCCAACCUCAAAACGCAUUGCCAUUACAUGAACCCAUUUGCAGUUGCAUUUAAUCAAAUGUAUAUAGUGUUGAAAAGUCAACACCUCAGUGGAUGGUCUGAGGGUGAUCUCAAACGUGCAACUUUUGAGCAUUAUCAUGCUAGAUAUGGUGCCGAUUUUAGGCACGAACAUAUUUGGAAUAUCGUUAAAAAUGAACAGAAAUGGAAAGGUUCAAGCACUGCAUCUGGGGCAUCUAUGUCUUCAUCAAAUAUAGAAUCUUUCAUUAACCUGGAUAAUGAUGAAGUUACAACUCGUCCAAUUGGUAGGAAUGCAACAAAAAAAGCAGCAAAAGGGAAAGCUACCAAUUCCACUUCGUCAUCUGGUAAUAGGCUUGAUGAAAUACUUGAAAAACAUAUAGAAGAAAAUAAAAAGACUUUUGAAUGCUAUCAAAACUCUUUGGAUAUGAAGAAUGCAUUGAAAGAAAGAAAGAUGAAAAUUAAAGAAGAAAAGUGGCUUAUCAAUCUGGAUAUAUGGAGGAAACUGAAUAUGAGGUUUGAGCGUAUCGCAUGGCUAAAGAUAAUCAUAAUCCCCAUCGAUGUCUGGGAUGAAUCAAAUCUCGUCACCAUUGCUAGCAACUUUGGGAAAGUUGUUGUUCAUGCAAAGUCUUUAUGGAAUUGCAUGGAUAUUUAUCAUGGAAAUAUACACGAUGAGUGGUUUCCGUUUAGACCAUUAAGACCAUUCACUAAUAAGGCUGAUUCUGAAGUUGACGACUCGAAAGAUGAUGAAUUUGUUUCCUGUCAACAAGAGGUUUUGCACCUUGAAGAGGGAGAAAUCCCCCCCAAUGGUGCGCUGGUCGUACAAGCUCCGUCGGUGGUAGCUGAUAUGGCUUUGUUCCUUCAUGAGGAAGACGAAGUGUUCCAUCGGAACUCAAAUCUACACAAGGGAUGA